UCUGCACUGCUGCCACGAGUUGUGAAGUGGGCACAGGCGGGAAAGAGGCGGAGGCGGCUGCCGCUGCUGCUGCUGCUGCUUCUACUCCUGGGGCAACCAGCGGCGCGGCUCACUGCGCUACCACAGCCGCUGCGGAACAUCGCGUGUACAGGUUGGAGGACUUGGACACUGUGGCGACAGUUGGAGCAUUCAGCUGAAGAGAGGCAGAACCAGUGUCUUGAGCGGACCGAGAGGCAGUCUGAACAGGACAGAGAGAACAGAACAGAAAGCACUGGGACAUUUGGGCGUGUGUUUCUAGUAAAGGACAAGAAAACAAGAACAUUUUUUGCACUGAAGGCUAUGAAAAUUCCUGAUGUAAUUCGACUGAAGCAGGAACAACAUGUUCAUAAUGAAAAGGCAGUAUUAACUGAAGUCAACCACCCUUUUCUAAUCAGACUGUUUUGGACUCAUCAUGAUGAGAGAUUUUUAUAUAUGCUGAUGGACUACGUUCCUGGUGGUGAACUCUUUAGUUACUUGCGCAAUAUGGGACGCUUCAACAACAACACAGGAUUGUUCUAUUCUUCAGAAAUUGUGUGUGCAAUUGAAUAUCUGCACUCCAAGGAAAUAGUUUAUAGAGACUUGAAGCCUGAAAAUAUAUUACUUGACAGAGAAGGACAUAUCAAACUAACAGACUUUGGAUUUGCUAAGAAGUUGGUGGACAGAACGUGGACCCUUUGUGGAACGCCAGAGUAUCUUGCACCUGAGGUUAUCCAAAGUAAAGGCCAUGGAAGAGCUGUUGACUGGUGGGCCUUGGGAGUGCUAAUCUUUGAAAUGUUAUCAGGUUAUCCUCCAUUUUUUGAUGAUAAUCCCUUUGGCAUAUACCAGAAGAUUCUAGCUGGAAAAAUAGAUUUUCCUAGACAUUUGGACUUCAACGUGAAAGACCUCAUUAAGAAAUUCCUUGUUGUUGACCGAACAAGACGACUAGGAAACAUGAAAAAUGGGGCUGAAGAUGUGAAAAAGCAUAGAUGGUUUAAGUCAAUAGACUGGGAGGCAGUGCCACAAAAGAAGUUAAAGCCACCAAUAGUGCCCAAAGUGUCUCAUGAUGGUGAUACUUCAAAUUUUGAAUCAUAUCCAGAGGAUGACUGGAAGAAAGAUCCUCCUGUGCCUCCAAAAGACUUGGAAAUUUUUAAGAAUUUCUGAAGGAGAAUUAUAAACAGAAACAUAGGUUAACUGCCUACAAGACGAAUUUGGACAUCUGAACAUCUGAUUCUCUUGUUUCAUCUGCACUCAGUUUAAAAUAUGCAAGAAAUGAAGAUCCUCUGUGAACUACUGUACUGCACUGUUUAAAAUAGAGGACAAAAGUAAUAGUAAAGACUAAACUGCUAUCAAUUCAGAUUUUUUUUUAGCAACAGCUUUGUGAAUAGUCUUGAACUUCAAUACUGUUUGUAUAAUAACAAUUUGUUACAAUUUAUCUUUUUAAGUUUUUCAUAAAAUCUGUAAAUCUGAUUGUCUGUAUAUACAGUGGUCCUUGGAUGGUUAUACAUAAUGCAUAUUGUCUCUGUAAAGUGUUUUUUUUUUUUAAUCUCAAAAUCUCACAUUUUCAUUUUGGGUGCUCAAACAUGCCCAAAUACCAAACAAUGAUGUUACAUUUAAUAGUGCACUGUGCAUCAUUAUUACGGUAUUGAAAUAAUGGUUAGGUCAUGCUUUCCUAUAAAAGAUUUUAAAAGUGUGAACAUUUAGUUUGUUUUAAGCAAUAUUUUGUAUUUUUUAUUUAUUCAUUCAUUCCAUCGGGGUAAUAGGUAUGCAGAAUAUUAUUUUUUUAAACUAAUCCAACACACAACAGCCAUUAUGUAAAAAGCCUGUUGAGCUUUCUAACUUAAUAUUCUGCUUUUUUAACAAUUUAGCGAUUCAGUCAAUUAUUUUAGGAAUAAACUUUUUGUGUUGGGUUUAA